AGCGGAAACGAGGACUCGCCACUUUUUUUUUUUUUUUUUUUUCCGCGUCAAGUUUCGUGGCUGAAAGUUUUCUUUCCUCUUUUUUUUUCUGCGGAGGAGCAGUCCCAUGCAGCCACAAUGAGAGAGAAAACGACGGGCUUUUCGGCGUGCAGCUUCUCCUCUCCUGUCCAGCUCCUGCUGCCGCUCGCCGACGUCGUUUAGACUUAAUUUACUUCUCAGCACAUUUCCGUUAUGCGAAGUCCAACUUGUUGGUUAGUCGUCGUGCUGCGGUGGGUGCCCGUCCGAGAUAACGGAGAACCAGUGAUUCUCAGCCAGUUUGGUUACUGCAAUGAAUGGUAACACUAUCCAUCCAGCCAACACCGCAACAGCAGGAGGAGGCCCAGGUGUGGCAGCGCCCCCACGAGGCUGGAGGGAGUUCUGUGAGCUGCACGCCAUCGCCGCAGCCCGGCAGCUGGCCGGACAUUAUCGGAGCUUCGCCAGAGAGCGGCCACAACAUGACGUGCUCCCGCCAGAGAUCUUUUCCAAGCAGUUCACUGAUCUCUUCCAACAGCACUUCUGCUGCGAGGUCGACAAAGAUGGCACUCCCCUCAGCCAGAGCACAUGCCCCAUCGCUUCUGGUAGCGCUUCCUCCACAUCUCCAGCGACCCCACUUCCAUCACAGACCGUGAUCGGUCGAUUGCGGAUCACGUCUCUGUCCGGCGUGCAGGACUAUCGGGAGGCUGGUCGGCCAAGUGGAGGAGCCGCUCCUUUGACCGUGUCGCCAAAAGUGGAGCCGGUGGUGGUGAGCCGGGAGCAGGAGCAGCCGUUGAGAUGCUCUUCGGGAAACUCCUUCUCAGGAUCUCGCAGUUUCGGCAGCGGGUCCCUGCUGAUUCGUAGCCGUAGCAACGAGGAGGUCUCUGGCUCGGAUCGUCGUCAGGUGUCUGAACGGUACUCCUCCGACUCCUCGGCCUCCAACCUCGGACACGCUGACGUCACGCAUUUCUCCGUCAGACAAAUCCAGCAAACCGUAAGACGGCUUUUAAAGAAACAGCCCCUUCCCAGCCCUCGCUCAUCCCAGGACCUGUCUCCUAUCAACCCCAGCCUCACGACCAGCAGCAACAACAACAGCCCCCCAAAUAAUGGGGACAGAGUGGGCGGGAUUUCCUCCAACAACGAGGAAGUGUCGUCCUCGUCCUCUUCCUCUCACUCGUCCUCUUGUCUGAACUCUGAGGCCACGCCGCUAGCUGCUUCGCAACGGCCCAUGACUGGAGUAGUCUCUCACUUCCUGGAUCGUUUCCGUUGGUUACGCAGCAGGAGCAUGAGGCAGAGGAGGUCAGAGGUGAGCGGCUGCUGUAAAGAGGGCCAACUGAGGUACUUGCUGGUGGAUGACACUAUCUCAGACACUCAGCCUCGCUGGCAACGCUGUCGCCUGCUGGUCAGGAGGAUCAGAGACGCUCACGGUGGAGGAGGAGGAGGAGGAGGAAGAAGAGGAGGAGGGGAGAGGUACCAGUUGGAGCUCUAUGAUCCUCCAAAGGCCUCCAGUCCCAAGCUGACGACUCACUGCUCAGAUAUCCAAGAAGUCCGUCGUUGCAACCGACUGGAGAUGCCCGACAACUUAAACACAUUCGUUUUAAAGGUUAAUCGAGGUAGUCUGAUUUUUGAGACGGACAACGACCAGCAGGUCAGCUCCUGGACCACAGAGCUAAAAGAAUGUAUCAGCAACAGGUCAGGCAGCGUGGAUCUGGAGCCCCUCCCCUCCCCGGCUGACAGCUCUGCUCCGACCAAUCACAGAGGGAGCUCGGAGUCGGGAAGUCAGACUCCCGUCUCCUUCGCCCUGCCGGAACAAGUCAUCCAGAAGACGGAUCACUUCCUGUUCUCCUACCCCUGGUUCCACGGGCCCAUAUCUCGCGUCAAGGCGGCCCACCUGGUCCAGAGCUCCGGACCAGAGGGACAUGGUGUGUUCCUGGUCCGACAGAGCGAGACUCGCCGGGGAGACUACGUGCUCACGUUCAACUACCAGGGAAAAGCAAAGCACCUGCGCCUCUCUCUAACAGAAUCGGGUCAGUGCCGGGUGCAGCACCUGCGCUUCCACUCUGUUAUGGACAUGCUCAGUCACUUCCGCCUCUUCCCCAUCCCGCUGGAGUGUGGAGCCGCCGGCGCCGUCACGUUGUCCAGCUUCGUAGUGGCGGGCUCCAGCCCUCCAUCACAGGGUCAGCUCUCGGGCGCCCUCCUCGUCCCCUUCUCCCUCCACCGGUGGAGCUCCGAGCCCAGCUUGGCUCACUGCAGUCUGGCUCGCAGCUCCAGCCACCCCCCUUCCUCCUGCUCCACCAGCAGCAGCAGCACCACCACCACCACCACCACCACCUCCAGCCCCGGCUCGGCGUCCCAGCCGGGAAAUCACCCGUUCACUCGCGCCCACCCCGACCCCGCCCCGUCGGCGCCGCUUCCUCUGCGCCGCAGCGAGUCGGUGGGGAGGAGGCCCCUGCUCCGCCACGCCAACCCUCACACUCCCAUCAUCCCUCAGCGGGACUCGGACUAUGAGCUGGAGCCUGACCGGGGCCGCAAGCGGGCCAUAGACAACCAGUACAUGUUGCUCUGACCCGCCGAGGGGAAACCAUCACCUCUGACCGACGGCAGCGCUCGGCGCGGGUCAGACAUAACUCACCUGAUCACGGCAGACCCACGAACUCGAGCGUCUCCGUCUGAUGAAAGCGCGGCUCUGCGUACGUCGAAGCACACACUCCUCAUGUCUGUGCUGGGUGUGUGUUUCCGACCCUCACAGCCUCCACCCAGAGUGUCCACAGUGAAUGUAUUAGUAGGAGUUUUAGAACAGUGUUGGUGAUUAUUCUUGUUUUAUGGAUGUUGAGGUUCCGUGUGUGUGCGAGAGAGAGGAAGAGUCACAUGAGCAGCGAGUCCUCGAGCCCGAGCAAAAAAAAAACCCCAAAAACUAUUGUUCAUUAUUUCUACCCGUGUAGGAGCACUUGAUUUCAUUUCUUCGGCACUUAAACCUGAACUGGUGGGAGAGCACCGCUUGCAAAAGGAGGUGCUCCUUUAAAAUAUGCACACAAAGUCGCCAGUGUGGAGCAGAACCCCGGCUUUUUACACAAACACAAUCAUAGAAACACUCUAUUUUCGAGUGUUGUUACGCUCCAUUAGCUCCUCCUCCUCCUCUUGUGCAUUAUUAUAUAUUGAAGUGCACGUCGCUUUCAGUGCACUUUGGAAACAAUGUGUAUUUUUUCUAUACACGGAUUCUUUUGUAGAAAAGUUUUUAAUAAAAUAAAGUUUAAAAAAAACAAAAAGCAAAAAAAAAAAACAAAAAAAAAAGGGAGAAAACUUGGUUAAAGUCGGCCGGGAAGCGUUUCCCAGAAAUGGAUCGAGCUUCCAAAACCUUCGGCGAAAGCAAUUACAGAGAACCACAGACAUGAUUCAAGAUCCGCUUUUCAGCUGCACUGUUUUUUGUUUUUUUUAACCCAAAGCUCAGCGUGUGGUGUGCAUGUGUCCGUCGUGGUGGAUGUGAGAUGAGUCCGUCAGUCGUGGAGUUUGUGUGAUGAAGUCGGGCGUCUUUGUGGUGUUCAGGAAUCAAGGGCGACGUGUGCACAAAAUGGAUUUAAAGGAAUCGUUUCUGCCCCCGAAAAUCAAGGAAGUUGUUGUAAUAGUAGUAAUAUAUUAUGUUUAUUCCCCAUCCUGCAGCCCUGACCAGUGGUUAGGACGUUCUUGUGCAACUAAAUGAACAGAAACGUUCUGCUGCGUUGUGGACAUGUGACAGAAGAGCCACCAUCAGGGAAAAAAAACAAGUUGCACUUCUCGAAAACAAACAAAAGGUCCGUUCUGUAACCGCACAUAGAAAUCAUUUAUGUCCAAGUGGUUGAUGGCAGUGAAGCUAUAAUCCUCCAGUUUAUCGAAAGCGACUUGGCCCACCGAGUCUUCAUUCUGUGCACAUGAAGCGCGACACACGAGAGGGGAACCGCUGCAGACCAGAACCAAGCGGGACGGCGGCCGUUUGACACAGUCUGAAUGAUUCGUCCUCUCAGUUGCGAGGCUGGAAACCUUAAACCCGCUUCCGCCGUGGUUUGAAAAUCCAGAACGAAACCUUGAAAGGCUCAGGAAAGUCGAGUCGAGUCGUACAAGUGCCUCGUGUUUCCAGCUCCACCUUCUCAGCAUUAGUUUUUCUUUCUGUAUAACUUCAAAAAACCAAACCGAGGACGGGCUGCGAGCAUCAUGUUUGUACACUAUAACCUUUAUAGACCUUUUAACGAGAGGAACGUUUGAUUUGAAUGCGAUCAGGCGUCGUCUCUCUGGCCUUCGUCCUCCACGUUUCCCUUUAACUACCUAAGGUGCCUUGUGAGUUUGUCGUCGCACUCCAAAAAACAAAAUGAAGCCUUUUAACCAAAGCCAUCCGUCUGCGGUGCUUCAUCCUCCAAAAGCGUCCAAAGAUUUGCCGAUUCAAACUCCUUUCUGUGAACUUCCGUCUCUCCUUUUGCGGGAAAAUAAACAUUCCACCAGUUUGGACGUCAACACCAAAGACGAACGAAAUGUCAGAUUGUCUGUAAUUUUUUUAUUUUCUUUCCAAUAACUGAAGCUUCUCUUCGUGCGCUAAGGACUCGUCUGUUUGUCUUCUAACUCGCUUUAACACUAACUCCAGCAGAUGAUUUUAGAUUUUCAGUCAAUCUGUGCUUCGUGUCUGGUUUAGACCUCCUCCUCCUCCUCAUCAUGUAACAGCCUGCUUUAUUUUUGUUUUAGAGAAAAGCUUGAUGACCGUCUCCUCUUGUUAAGCAAUAAGUCAGCUUUGUCUGUUUUUUUUUUUACAAUGGUUGUGUUGUUCUCAAUCAAGACUGACAUCUUCUAAGGGGAACAAAAACAAGGAUGUUUUUGGCAAAAGUACGGUUGGUCUUCCUGCCUUUUUUAAUGAGUCCAAACAAAGCCCUCAUCACCUCCCUGCAAAAGGAAAGCAACGGUAACAGGAAUUAUUUCGAGUAUCAGUCCUUUUUUUUUCUCUCUCUCUUUGCUGAUUUGUCUUGUAGGCAGAAUGACUGUACCUUUGCCAGAAAAAGCUGCUGUUGCUUUUCCCCUUUUUAUUUUUAUUUUUAUUUUUUCCCCUUAAAGCUCAGGGCUCAGUGAGUGUGUCGUGCAAUAUAUCUGAGAGAUGGAGCAGUCACAGGCUUCCAUGGAGGAAUUCAUUGCACCUGCUCAUAAGACCGAAGGAAAUAUUUGACCAAAGUUCCCAGACAACAUUUCGAACACCAGGACGUUUUUUUUUUUCUGUCGCUUUCUACUUUUGCAAGAAUCGAGUUAAUGCUAAAGAAGAUCCCCCCCCCUCCGUGUACCUCAGGUGUCUUUAACCCCUCAGCAUCCGCCUCUCGUCUCCACCCCACUAUGUUUAUUUUAAAAUGUCCAGUUGAUGAAUGUAAUGUGUUCUCAAUACUGUUCAUCCUGUUUGUUUAACUCAGCACUGUAAAACAUUCCAGUUCGACCCAGCGUCCCUCCUCCCCCCUCGACAGCCGACGGAAAAACCCGCAACAGCUUCUUCUACGAUCUGUCAUCGUGUUUGCAUCCCCUUCAGUUAUAACCAUCUAAAUUAUAUUAAAUAUAUAUCAACUGUAUAUUUGACUUUUUUAAAAUAAACCUAACCAAAAAAAAAA